CGUCAAGUUUUCUUCGACAGAAGAAGCAUAAACCCCACCCCCACACAAGAAAUCAUAAUAAUCAUCAUCAUCACCAUAUUCAUCUUUUACUGUUGUUAGGUUAAACAAAAACAAUGUCGUACGAUUACCUUUACAAAUACAUAAUCAUCGGCGACACAGGUGUGGGGAAAUCCUGUCUGUUGUUGCAAUUCACUGAUAAGCGGUUUCAACCGGUUCAUGAUUUGACUAUUGGAGUCGAAUUUGGUGCUCGUAUGGUCUCCAUUCAUGGUAGGCCUGUCAAGCUUCAGAUUUGGGAUACUGCUGGACAAGAGUCAUUCAGAUCAAUCACUAGGUCGUAUUACAGAGGAGCAGCCGGGGCACUUCUCGUUUAUGACAUUACUAGGAGGGAAACAUUCAACCAUCUAGCUGGGUGGCUUGAAGAUGCACGGCAACAUGCCAACCCGAACAUGACAAUCAUGCUUGUAGGGAAUAAAAGUGAUCUUUCCCACCGAAGGGCUGUUAGCAAAGAGGAAGGAGAACAGUUUGCAAAGGAAAACGACCUCUUGUUCUUAGAGGCAUCCGCAAGAACAUCACAAAAUGUUGAGGAGGCUUUUUUGAAGACUGCUGAGAAGAUACUUCAGAAGAUCCAGGAAGGUGUAUUUGAUGUGUCCAAUGAGUCAUCUGGGAUCAAGGUCGGAUAUGGGCGUCCUCAAGGCACAGGAGCAAGAGACGGAACAGUUGCUCAGAGCGGCGGCUGUUGUAGUUGAUCUCAAAUAGUAUGACAAUAAUAUCAACAUAUCGAAUCUUGGAACAUGUUAUAUAUUAGUAACUGGUUUCUGCUAUCUUGAAUGGGAUGUGUGAAUGACAUGGAAAUGGGUUUCAUGUGUAUAUAAGGUUUGUGAACAUAGUGUUUCUUGUCAUCCUGGUUAUGUGAUCACGUAUGCAUUAACCGAUA